AUGCCUACAUCAUCCACUGGCGCAGUUUACGAUGGCAGUAAUGCCGGCACUGGCGGCUCCGACAAGCGCCGUGCCCCCCGCGACGCCGACACCCAAACCACUGUCAGAGUCCCCAACGACCCCUCAUACAACAUAAACCGCUUCUUGCAGGGCGGCGGCGAAAGACCACCGCCUGGUCUCAGACAGACGCAAAGCGAGACUGAAGCUAAACAGCGCAUGCAGGAAUUGCUGCACGCUUUUGGUGCGCAAUUUGACCAUGGCGGCAGCUCUGCACAAACCGUGCCUAAAGGUGACGAAUGA